GGCGGCCUCGGGGCCAAUGACAGGGCGACGAGCGGCGGGGUCUGGUCUUGACGUUGUGCUGCUUGCCGUGGGGUUUUUUUUUGGCUCCGGGGCCCCUCACCGCCGCCAUUAGGAGCCCGCUGCGCCCGAGGCCGCCCCCCCUCCUCUCUCCCCCCUCCCCCCUGCGUCCCCCCGCCUCCGUGCCUGCUCUCCGCCCCUCUGCCCCCGCCUCCGGCAGCGGGAGUCGCGCGCGGGCCCGCGGUGACCAUGUCCUGACUGGGGGGAGAGGGCGGAGGCGGCAGCAGCGGGGCGGGCGGCGGCGCGGAGGGAGGCGGAGAGGGGCCGGGCUCGGCUCGUCGCCGCGGGCUGCUCGGGGAGUCGCCGCCGCCGCCGCGGCCGCCGGGCGCCGAGCGUCGGACUGGGAGGAGGAGCAGGAGCUGGAGGAAGAGCCACCGCCGCCGCCAGCUUCCUGCCUGACAUAACUCACUUCAAGAAGUGCACAAUGUCAGAACGUGGAAUUAAGUGGGCUUGUGAAUACUGUACGUAUGAAAACUGGCCAUCUGCAAUCAAGUGUACUAUGUGUCGUGCCCAAAGACCUAGUGGAACAAUUAUUACAGAAGAUCCAUUUAAAAGUGGUUCAAGUGAUGUCGGUAGAGAUUGGGAUCCUUCUGGCACCGAAGGAGGAAGUAGUCCUUUGAUAUGUCCAGACUCUAGUGCAAGACCAAGGGUUAAGUCUUCAUACAGCAUGGAAAAUGCAAAUAAAUGGUCAUGCCACAUGUGCACGUAUUUGAACUGGCCAAGAGCAAUCAGAUGCACUCAGUGUUUAUCCCAGCGUAGGACCAGGAGUCCCACAGAAUCUCCUCAAUCCUCAGGAUCUGGCUCAAGACCAGUUGCUUUUUCUGUUGACCCUUGCGAGGAAUACAAUGAUAGAAAUAAACUGAACACAAGGACCCAGCAUUGGACUUGUUCUAUUUGCACAUAUGAAAACUGGGCCAAGGCUAAAAAAUGUGUUGUUUGCGAUCAUCCCAGACCUAAUAAUAUUGAAGCAAUCGAGUUGGCAGAGACGGAAGAGGCUUCUUCAAUAAUAAAUGAGCAAGACAGAGCUCGAUGGAGAGGAAGCUGUAGCAGUGGCAACAGCCAAAGAAGAUCACCGCCGACUACGAAACGGGACUCUGAGAUGAAAAUGGAUUUUCAGAGGAUUGAGUUGGCUGGUGCUGUUGGCAGCAAGGAGGAACUUGAAGUGGACUUCAAAAAACUAAAGCAAAUUAAAAACAGGAUGAAGAAGACUGAUUGGCUAUUCCUCAAUGCUUGUGUGGGGGUUGUAGAAGGUGAUUUAGCUGCUAUAGAAGCGUACAAAUCAUCAGGAGGGGACAUUGCCCGUCAGCUCACUGCAGAUGAAGUGCGCUUGCUGAGCCGUCCUUCCGCUUUCGAUGUUGGCUAUACUCUGGUGCACCUGGCUAUACGUUUUCAGAGGCAGGAUAUGCUAGCAAUAUUGCUUACAGAGGUGUCUCAACAAGCCGCAAAGUGUAUUCCAGCAAUGGUGUGUCCUGAACUGACAGAGCAAAUCCGGCGUGAGAUAGCUGCCUCUCUUCAUCAGAGAAAGGGGGAUUUUGCUUGCUAUUUCCUAACUGACCUUGUAACAUUUACGUUGCCAGCAGAUAUUGAAGACUUGCCUCCAACAGUCCAAGAAAAAUUAUUUGAUGAGGUGCUUGAUAGAGAUGUUCAAAAAGAGUUAGAAGAAGAAUCUCCAAUUAUAAACUGGUCCUUGGAAUUGGCUACGCGUUUGGACAGUCGACUAUAUGCACUUUGGAACCGGACUGCAGGAGACUGCUUACUUGAUUCAGUACUACAAGCUACCUGGGGCAUUUAUGACAAGGACUCGGUGCUUCGGAAAGCCCUGCAUGACAGCCUGCAUGACUGUUCACAUUGGUUUUAUACGCGUUGGAAAGAUUGGGAGUCCUGGUAUUCUCAGAGCUUUGGUUUACAUUUUUCCUUGAGAGAAGAACAGUGGCAAGAAGACUGGGCAUUUAUACUCUCUCUUGCUAGUCAGCCUGGAGCAAGUUUGGAACAGACCCACAUUUUUGUACUUGCACAUAUUCUUAGACGACCAAUUAUAGUUUAUGGAGUAAAAUAUUAUAAAAGUUUCCGGGGAGAAACUUUAGGAUAUACUCGGUUUCAAGGUGUGUAUUUGCCUUUGUUGUGGGAACAGAGUUUUUGUUGGAAAAGUCCGAUUGCUCUGGGCUAUACAAGGGGCCACUUCUCUGCUUUGGUUGCCAUGGAAAAUGAUGGCUAUGGUAACCGAGGUGCUGGUGCUAACCUGAACACCGAUGACGAUGUCACCAUUACAUUUCUGCCUCUGGUUGACAGUGAAAGGAAGUUACUCCAUGUGCACUUUCUUUCUGCUCAGGAGCUAGGUAAUGAGGAACAGCAAGAAAAGCUGCUCAGGGAGUGGCUGGAGUGCUGUGUGACUGAGGGAGGAGUUCUCGUGGCUAUGCAGAAGAGCUCUCGGCGGCGAAAUCACCCUCUGGUCACGCAAAUGGUAGAAAAAUGGCUUGACCGCUACCGACAGAUCCGGCCUUGUACAUCCCUGUCUGAUGGGGAGGAAGACGAAGAUGAUGAAGAUGAAUGAAAAUAAUCAAAGAGCAGAAGAGCAAGGCUCAUCGUGUCACAGACUUAAUCUGUGUUAAGGGACUAUUGCUGUGCAUAGGCGGUUGGGGUCUCCUUUUUGUGCAUACGUCACCCCCUCACUGAUUGCCUGUUUGACAAGUGGUUGUGAAGAUGACCUUGAGCGGCCACUCUGCUCCCCGGAGUGAUAGGUCAGUAACCAUUUGCGCCAUCUCUGUCCAGGAUACCUCUAUCCGUGUCGGGUGGUUUCAGUGUAAUUUUUCUUGGGCGAGUUGGGAUGGGACCACCACCUUGAAAUGAGUGAGGAGGUUGAUGCUUUAAGUUGCCAUGACUUUUUUUUUUAAAUGGGAAAGGGUGGGGGGAGGCGGUUGAAAAGGAGUUCAGUACCUGGAAUUGGAUGUGACCAACAUUUGCAGAUACCGCUAGUAGUAAGCGGUUUAAUGCUAUUUAAGAAGGAAGACCCAUAAAAUCAACUGAAAGUUCCUAACCUAUGGAAAUGGCUGAUGUUAAUUAGUUUGUAACAUUUCUUUGUAAAUAUCAUUAAAAAAAUUUUUUUUUUGAGAUUCACCUCCCUUCCUGCAUUAAUGCUUGAGCCAGAUAAUUUUGCUUUUGGGUAAAUUAAAAUCAAAAUUCUAAAACUUGACCAACUUUGUUUCUUGAAUUGACUUAG